GGCGCCAGAGCGAAGAGGACAGAGCUGCGGGCGGAGGCGGGUCUGCGCCGCUCCGGGUGCGUUCUCCCAGCGGGGCUGCGGGUUCGUCUGCCCGCUCGGUCCCCGUUACAGCCCAGGUGCUGCAGGCGGCGCGACGCGGGUGUCUUCGGCAGGUUGCGCACGGCGCGGUGCCGGCUCAUGAAGCUCCCCGGCACCGGGCGCGGGGGCGCGGGCCAGCCAUGGGCGGCAGCCUGCGUGUGGCUGUUCUGGGUGCUCCGGGAGUGGGCAAGACUGCCAUCAUCCGCCAGUUCCUGUUCGGUGACUAUCCCGAGCGCCACCGGCCCACAGAUGGUCCUCGUCUCUACCGGCCCGCCGUGCUGCUCGACGGCGCUGUCUACGACCUGAGUAUCCGCGAUGGUGACGUCGCUGGCCCUAGCUCAAGCCCCAGAAGUCUCGAGGAGUGGCCAGACCCUAAAGAAUGGAGCUUGCAGGACACAGACGCCUUUGUGCUGGUUUACGACAUCUGCAGCCCUGACAGUUUUGAUUAUGUGAAAGCCCUGAGGCAGCGCAUAGCAGAAAACAGUAGGAAGGGACCCGCCUGCAUUUGUACACAAGGGGAGGAGGCAACGGAGUCUCCAGCACUGCGUCUCUCAUAUCCAUCCGGCCUCCAGGCCGGCAGGCGCGCCAGAGGCCCCCAUCCUCGUGGUAGGCAACAAGCGGGACCGUCAGCGACUGCGCUUCGGACCUCGUCGUGCACUGGCCACUCUAGUACGCAGGGGCUGGCGCUGCGGCUACCUCGAGUGCUCAGCCAAAUACAAUUGGCACGUGCUGCGUCUCUUCCGAGAGCUCCUGCGUUGUGCUCUAGUGCGCACACGUCCUGCGCAUCCGGCCCUACGACUGCAGGGGGCGCUGCAUCCAGCGCGCUGCAGCCUCAUGUGACUGGACUGGACAGGGAAAUCUCAUAAAAGCAGGCUCCCACCCAGUUUCCUAGCCAACAGGCUUUUCUUUGAACUUGAUUGGACCCAGCCAACUCCCAAUCAUUCAACAAGAUCAAUUUUAUCUGAGACCUUAUUGGGUCACAAUCACCGAUAGAAAGGACUUGAAUAUGAACAUGGCUGAAAGCAUUCGUACAGCUCCUGACGCUUUACUGGAAAUACCUUCUGGUUUUGGCUUUUUGAGACAGGGUCUCACGACAUAGGCCUGACUGGUAUCGAACUACAAAGAUCCACCUGCCUCUGCCUCUCCAGUGUUUGACUAUUGGAGCUACUUUUUAAGUCAUGCCUUACCAGGUAAUAAACAAUUUAAACGCA